AUGACGCGAGCGGCGUUGUGCCCGGGGAAAGCGGUGAGCAUCGCGGACGAAGCCUGUAUGCAUCUACUGAGCUACCUGCUCCGCGAAGGAGACGGCCGGCUGCCCGCCUCGCCGCUGCCCUAUACUUUAACAUGGACUGCCGGCCACGUCUACGCCACCGAAAGCUACAGGGUGCUCCGUGUAUUCCGACUGCCGCUUUUCCGCAAAGUCGAGGAGCGCGAACGGACUGAAGGCCUGCCGCAGGGCAAUACGGACGCCAAAAAGGAUUAUGUAUCCGACUCCGCCGACGACGCGGCUGAAGAAUCCAUACCGGUAGCCUUUAUUAGCAACGCCAAGAUCUUCCUCCCGCGAUCGGCGGUCCAACGUUCGGUCCACCUUUUCCCCAGUGCCGACGAGGAGGUGACCAAGGACAAGGAGCCCAAGAGCAAGAAAUCCAAGGGCAGGGAAAAGGCGUCGUCGUCAAAGACCAAGGAGACGGGAGACGACGACAAGGUCGUGGCCACGGUGGUCGUCUCGCCAGAAGACAGCCUCGCCGGGGUGGCUCACCCGUACGUCGGCCCGCCUCAGGUCGUCCUGGCGGUUUCUGCUGGCCAGACUCCUCAGACCUCUCUCACUCGAUUCUCAAGUCGCCUUUGA